AUGAUGGGUUUGUUCGGACAAGGUAAGAAGGUUGAUACAAAAGAACAAGUAAGAGAGUUACAACGUAAGAUGAGGAUCGAAGUGCGACAACUGGAUCGUCAAAUUCAUGCGAUCGAGCGAGAAGAGCUAAAGGCUGGUUGUCAUUCUUUUAUGCAUGUGAAACGACAAAUCAAAGAAGCAGCAAAGAAAGGUGAUCGUGACGUAUGUGUUGUAUUGGCGAAAUCAAUGGUGAACUCCAGAAAGGCAGUUUCAAAGAUACAUGCAACAAAAGCGCAAAUAAAUUCAGUGGUAAUGUGCAUGCAACAACAGUUAGCAACAGUGCGUAUGGCUGGCACAUUGCAGCAUUCCACUGAGGUUAUGAAGAAUAUGCAGGAACUUGUGAAAGUACCUGAAAUCAUGGCAGUUAUGCGUGAUAUAUCAAAGGAGAUGACUCGAAUUGGAAUAAUUGAUGAAAUGAUCGAAGAAACAAUGGAAUCUGUUGAGCCGGAAGAGUUGGAAGAAGAAGCACAAGAAGAGGUUGAUAAGAUUUUGUUCGAAAUAACGUCCGGUGAGCUUGGUAAGGCACCAAGUGCUGUUGCUGAUACAUUAGUGGCACCAGCAAGCGCUGUAACCGAAGAGGAACAGCCGGUUGAUUUCGAAGAGAUGAGACAAAGGCUGGAAUCCCUGAAAAAUUAG